AUGUACGGCUUCGACGUGCUGGUGGACGACCAGCUGAGGCCGUGGCUGCUGGAGGUGAACAUCUGCCCCUCGCUCUCCUCCGGCUCGCCCCUGGACAAGCGGAUCAAGACCAAGGAGGGGUUUGUCGCCGACACUUUCACCUUGGUUGGCCUGCGGGUUCCGCCCAGCAUGUGGCGCCAGACAGGCGACCGGCCCGCGGGCGCCGCGGAUGACGCGGGCGCGCACGACGGGGAGCACGGCGAGG